AUAUUUAGAAAUUUUUCGAGCGUGUGACUUUAAUUAUACUAGCUCACCCAAACUAUAUAUAUUUUAUGUCGAAUACUGAAUAUGACAUGGUCUGGAUACACUACAAGCAAGUACGCGCCAAGAAGGAAGCUAAGGGCAUGAUCAUGAACUUGAGUAUACUUGCCAAGCUCUAUAGACAAGCACGCCAGGCCAUUGUAGAAGACACACACGAUGUGGACGCCAAUUGUGACGGGCCCGACUUGGAUUUCGUGUACGCCGAUGUGGAUAGUUAUCAGAAUGAAAUUGCCGAGCUCUACAGCUACACAGAGUUUAGCGAGUUCCAAAUGAAUGUUAAGGCUUUCGAGGACCAAAUGGAACUCUAUGAUCUGCCACCAAAUUGGCAAAAACAAGAUGCCGCCUCUCAGCGUAGCAUUGUUAUGAAACUAAUAGACCAACUGGAGGUCUCGGACCGCGCGUUCCGCAUGCAGGCGGCACGUUGCAUACUGUAUUUGGCGCAGGGUUGCUGGGCCGAAGUGCAAUCCGACGAGGAGCAGCAUCAAAAUACGCGCGAUAAUGUUAUUGUGCUUUAUAAGCUGGGCGUGUUUUCCUCCUUCAUUGACUUGCUCAACAUGGAAAUUGAAACCGCCUGCUCACCGGAUAUUGUGGCGGUUAAGAUAACCAACGUGACAUUGGUGGACUCCACAGACAUACGUGUCAUUCUCUCGGUGCUGUACAUUAUCACAGAGACAAUACGUGAUGAGCACGAAAAGGGUACUGAGGACUAUAAGGAGCUGGCUGAAUCCUUUGUACAAGAAAUAAACAGUCCACUCCCUGAUGGCGAGCUGCUGGCGGUCAAGCUGCUGGGUAUGAUUACACGCUUUUGCAGUGGCGCUGCUCCGCAGUUUCCCAUGAAAAAGGUUGUGCUGUUGCUGUGGAAGGUAUCGCUUUUGGGUCUAGGCGGUAUGGACGUGCUAAAGAAUCUCAAGAACGAAUACAGACUCAAUGUCGGGCUGGAACCGAUCACGGAGGACACGCUUGAAGUUACCAAAUGUAUGCGUGCCAGCUCACCGCCUGCUACAGCCACAGACAUACUUGAAAAUCAGUAUCCCAAGCGUAAUUUCAAGCGCUCACUUAUGAAACAACGUUUCUUGGACGAGCCGGAGCAAAUUGACAUGGAAAUGUCCGGUAAUGAGGGUGGUCCCAAUGCAAACAAUGGCAACACGGCAUCUGUGGGCUCCAAUACUGGGAAUGGCGAGGAUGAACUUUCACAGUACUAUCGGCCUUUUGAUGAUCCCUCCGCUUCCACUUCGGGCGGCAACACAGCGACGGCUAAUCCCAACAAUCAGCCAAGUUUAAAUCAAACGCCCGCCGCCGUGCCUCCUGUGCAGAUAACAGCGCGUUUGCCUUGGACGCCUAAAGUUCGCCAAAAGGACAUUGAUCAGUUCUUGGACAUAUCCAGAAAUAAGUUCAUUGGUUACUCGCUUAUAGGCGAUCAUGAAAGUCUAGCGGGCCUACCGCAACCCAUACACGAGGGCUUCAAAACGCUGCAGCGUCACAUGUAUGUCAGCCUGGCAGAUGUCCAAAUAAAGAAAGAGGAGGAUAUUGCACGCAACCCCAUCUCAACGCACGAGGAUGAGAUUAAGCUGACACCAGCUGAGAUACUCUACCAGGCCAUAUUGCCCAAUUUGCCGCAAUAUAUGAUAGCUCUACUAAAGGUCUUGCUAGCCGCCUCGCCCACAUCAAAGUCGAAGACAGAGAGUAUUAAUAUUAUGGCCGAUGUACUGCCUAAGAAGAUGCCGCUAACGGCUACGCAGUCCACCAAGCUUACAGUGGAUAUGGGACGCCACAAGGAGAUUAUAGUCAAGGCCGUGUCGGCUAUUAUAUUGCUCUAUCUAAAGCACUUUAAGAUCAACCAUGUAUAUCAGUUUGAGUUCAUGUCACAGCAUCUAGUGUUUGCCAACUGCAUUCCACUUGUGCUAAAGUUCUUCAACCAGACGAUCACCGAGUAUGUAAACACCAAGAACUCUAUACCAUUGCUGGACUUUCCCUCGUGCGUAAUUGGCGAGCAGCCAGAUCUAAGCGGCGAUAGCUUUGUCUAUGGCACUGACAUGUCAGACAAGCCCUACUCCUGGCGCAAUGUAUUCAGCUGCAUUAAUCUACUGCGCAUACUCAACAAGCUUAUCAAGUGGAAACAUUCGCGUGUGAUGAUGCUGGUGGUGUUCAAGUCGGCGCCCAUACUAAAAAAGACUCUCAAAGUGCGACAUGCUAUGAUGCAGCUGUAUGUGCUCAAGCUCUUAAAGAUGCAGACAAAAUACUUGGGUCGACAGUGGCGCAAGUCCAACAUGAAGACGUUGAGUGCAAUUUACUCCAAGGUACGUCAUCGUCUCAACGACGAUUGGGCGUUUGGCAAUGAUCUCGAGUCGCGUCCUUGGGAUUUCCAAGCGGAGGAGUGCACGCUGCGCGCCUGCGUUGAUCGUUUUAAUCUACGACGUUAUCCAGAGGCUACACAAAAGUGCGGCACAGGCGGUGGCAGCAAUGGCACUGCCGCUCAAAAUGCCGAGAAUGCGCAGCAGUCGAACAUGCAUACAGGCAAUGGCAGUGCCAACAAUGGCAGCGAUCGCGAUACAAAUGGUUAUGGCAAUAAUGGCAGCAGCGCCACUGGCACCGGAGGCAACGCACAGCAGGGACAGCAGCUGCAUGAUUAUGGGGUAGAGGGCGGCUUUCCCAGCGAUGAGAUACUUACGCAUUCGGACUUUGCAUUCUUUGGCCAUUCGGGCUGGUGGGAUCGCAAGGUGGAAUUGACAGAUUAUUUUAAAGCCAACUAUGCUGUGUGGCUGGAGGAAGAGGUCUACAACAGUCAAACCGACUGGGAUGCGCUCUAAGCCUGCACCUGGAUUAAUUAUACAAUAGCAGCCGUAGCAGCAGCAGAAGCAUAUUUAAGCAAAAAGUUAUUAACAUAAUUCUAAGCAUAUUACAUAUAUAAAGUCGAUAUGAAACUAUUGAUAUAAUCGCAUCCUUGCAGUCAGACAGUCAAGCAUGGGACCCUGCACUUAACACCUCCAGUUAAAACCAAUUGGCAAUAAAACUUGUUCAAGCAACAAAUCCAACGAUUCAUGGCAUAAUCUACUACUGUAUACUUAAAUAUUCAUACAUAUGUAUAUGCUAACGUAUAAUUAAUGUAUUUAUUUUUUAUUAAUACUACUAUACACGCAUACACCCAACUCCACUUUAUGGAAUUUGCAGCAAAAUAAACUCGAAACGUAGUACUUGAAUUAAGUUAAUUUUUCAUGCAAGUUUAUUUGUAGUUGUGCUACGCACGAGCGAAGAAAAAUACUACAUUUAUAAUAAUUGCCUUAAGUCUAAUUUAAAAUACAUUAUUUACAAGUGUGCAUAUGGUUGGAACCAUAAACAGCGUUUAAAUUUAAACCUUCAAAUAGUACAUAUUUCAAUUUUGUUAUUUUCAAUUAAUUUGUUUUGUAAAUGUUUAGCGCAGCUAAAUGAAUUCCUAAACCACGUGCCCGUUUCAAACCAACACUUAGAAAUAAAACUAAUUAAAGUAAAGCGUAGUUUAGUAAACAACUUAAUAUAUGCCAAUAAUGUUCUCUGCUA